AUGGCAGCCAACAUCAAAACCCGGAUCUUGUUCCUACCAGACACUCAUGAAACAAUACCAGCACCACAGGACCCGCGUAAGGAGCGCCCUGACGUGAUUAUACACUGCGGCAACCUGACAGACGGCUCGAAGCUGGAGGAUUACCAAAAUAUCAUGGCGACAAUGGAAGUUCUUAAUGCUCCACUAAAGCUGGUCAUGCCUCGCAGUAAUGACUCCUUCAUGGUUGACUUGAAGGCGUGGGAGCAUAUUGGAGUGUCUCUGCUAGGCAAAGGCUCGCACACAUUCAACCUGGCGAACGGCGCUCAAUUCAAGAUCUAUGCCGAUCCGCAUACACCAGCCAUACCGGACGGGCACAACCCAAAACGUCAAGGGAUUUUCGAGAUCGAUUCCGAUACGGAUAUCGUGAUAACACAAGUCGCUCCAAGAGGCAUGAUGGAUAGCCCUUCCUACGGCAUACAUACCGGUAAUCAGAGUCUCUUCACAGCCGUCGCGAAAGCAAGACCGAAGAUCCACUGCUUCGCCCAUGGUCAUGAAGGCCGGGCUGCUAAAUUAGUGCGAUGGUCCGACAGCAGCGAGCAGCUGUAUCCCACGUUGCUUAGCGCUAUUGACAAGCACAAGUCCGUCUGGAUAGACACACCCUCUGGCGUUGGGCUGGACCACGCGGACAGCCAAGAAGGGAGGCAUAAAAGGGACUCCAAGGUGGUAGGCUUUGCGCAUGACCAAUACACAUGUACCUCCAACUGCUGCAGAAACAAGCAUAGGUUCCAAUCUGGCAAGCAUACUCGAUUCCUCAACACUUCCGCCGAAGCCAAAGAGACGCACCCACGAUGGUUCGGCAUGACUCCUGCGGAGCCCCAAAAACCGCUUCCACAGCGUCGAUGGUUGGUGGCUAUAGGUUUGUCAGCGGCUCCCAUUCCACCAUCUCCAGCUUUGAGUGCCAGCUCCUAUGAAAUGGUCGCUGCGCUGGAUGAGUGCAGCUGGCCGGCUAUCGAUGGGACAAGUGGAUCCCAGGGGCCGUUGGAUACUUUGUCAUGGGGCUUGCAGGUCGGCCCCAGCCAGACAAGAAGCGAGAAGGAAUGA